AAAAGUAUUCUUCUGCUCUCUCCACACUCUCUCUUCCAUUAGAUUCUUCCUUAAUAGAUCCCCAAAUUUCAAAACCCUAAUUUCGUCACAGAGUGACAAUCAAAGUCUUCAAAUUUGCGAUCAAAAUCCAAAAUUGAAACAUCUGGCUGAUUCACCGUUAGAAAUCUUGCUGAAAUUAAGAAUCUUUUUCGUUGUUGCGAGUGAUUGUGAGGGAAGAUUAGUGUUGUUAGGUUCUUUUUAAAUUGUGAUGAGAAUAAUUGAAGGAUGAACGAUGCCGGUGCUGCGUAGCGGAGUGCGCAGAGGCCGAGCAGCAGCAGCAGCGAAGGCGGAAGAGACGGCGGAGGAUCGGCGGGAGGGGAAUAGGAAUAUAGUCGAGGGAUCGGGAGAGGCGAUUGCGACACGAACGAGGCGGAGACGCGCGGCUGCGGCGGCGGCAGUGCCAUUGCCGGUUGGAGUGCCGAAGAGUAAUAAUAACAAUAAGGAGAAGGUUAAGGUUGAUGAGAAAGUAGUGGUGGUAGCGGAGGUGAAAGAGGUGGAGAAAGCAGAGGAGGAAGUUGGGGAGAAGAAUAUGGAUGAGUUUGACAGUGGUGGUCGAAGUAACGAUAAGGCCGUGGCGGGGGGCGAAGAUGAGGGAAGCACGGCGCCUCUUCCUGAAAAAAUUUCAGUUGGGGGUUCCCCAAUGUAUAGACUGGACCGAAAGCUGGGCAAGGGUGGUUUUGGGCAAGUAUAUGUUGGUCGUCGUGUGUCUCCUGUAAAUACAAAUGAUAGAUCUACCGGCCCAGGAGCUGUGGAGGUUGCGUUGAAAUUUGAACACAGAAGUAGUAAAGGAUGCAACUAUGGACCGCCAUAUGAGUGGCAAGUAUACAACACCCUUGGUGGUAGUCAUGGUGUCCCUCGAGUACACUUCAAGGGCCGGCAAGGUGAUUAUUAUGUCAUGGUCAUGGAUAUGCUGGGACCAAGCUUGUGGGAUGUUUGGAAUAAUAACUCACAUACGAUGUCCAUUGAAAUGGUUGCCUGCAUUGCCAUUGAAGCAAUAUCCAUAUUGGAGAAGAUGCACUCCAGAGGGUAUGUGCAUGGAGAUGUAAAGCCUGAAAAUUUUCUGCUUGGUCCUCCAGGAACAACUGAUGAGAAGAGAUUAUUUCUUGUUGACCUUGGAUUAGCUACUAAAUGGCGAGAUAGUUCAACUGGAUUGCAUGUUGAAUAUGAUCAACGGCCAGAUGUUUUCAGAGGAACUGUGCGUUAUGCUAGCGUACAUGCCCAUUUAGGUAGAACUGGGAGUAGGAGAGAUGAUCUAGAAUCACUUGCUUACACACUCAUUUUCCUUCUUCGAGGUCGUUUGCCUUGGCAAGGAUACCAGGGAGAGAAUAAAGGAUUCCUUGUUUGCAAGAAAAAAAUGGCAACGUCUCCAGAGGCUCUAUGUUGCUUCUGUCCACAGCCUUUUAGACAGUUCGUUGAGUAUGUUGUGAACUUGAAGUUUGAUGAAGAACCUAAUUACACAAAAUACAUUUCCCUCUUUGAUGGGAUUGUUGGUCCAAAUCCAGAUAUCAGGCCAAUUAACACAGAAGGUGCACAGAAGCUUUAUCAAGUUGGUCAUAAGAGAGGUCGGCUAACAAUGGAGGAUGAAGAUGAUGAACAACCGAAGAAGAAGAUUCGGAUGGGAAUGCCAGCUACACAAUGGAUUAGUGUUUAUAACGCUCGUCGACCGAUGAAGCAAAGGUAUCACUAUAAUGUGGCAGAUGCAAGGCUUGCGCAGCACAUUGAGAAAGGGAAUGAGGAUGGAUUGUUUAUUAGCAGUGUAGCUUCAUGUCAAAAUCUGUGGGCCCUUAUUAUGGACGCUGGCACUGGUUUCAGUGCACAAGUCUAUGAACUCUCGCCCUUUUUUCUUCAUAAGGAAUGGAUAAUGGAGCAGUGGGAAAAGAACUAUUACAUCAGUGCAAUAGCUGGAGCUACAAAUGGAAGCUCCUUGGUAGUCAUGUCAAAGGGGACACAGUAUUUGCAGCAAUCUUACAAAGUCAGCGAUUCAUUUCCUUUUAAGUGGAUCAAUAAAAAAUGGAGAGAGGGUUUCUAUGUCACUGCUAUGGCCACCUCUGGCAGUAGAUGGGGAGUGGUCAUGUCUCGCGGUGCAGGAUUUUCUGACCAGGUUGUUGAACUUGAUUUUCUUUACCCAAGCGAAGGUAUUCAUCGGCGGUGGGAUUCUGGAUACCGUAUCACAGCUACUGCAGCAACUUGGGACCAGGCUGCUUUUGUUCUUAGCGUGCCAAGGAGAAAACCUGCAGAUGAAACCCAAGAAACGCUUCGAACUUCAGCUUUUCCUAGUGCACAUGUCAAGGAAAAAUGGGCUAAGAAUCUUUAUAUUGCAUCCGUCUGCUACGGACGAACAGUUUCAUGAGGUGUACAUUAUUAUUUGGUGCCACUCCUGACAGCAUUGUAACUAGUGAGAAUCCUUGUUCUCAACACCACCUUAGGUAGCCACUGGAAAGCAAGAAAUUUCUUAAGUUUCAUGCUCAAGGCUUAGAGAGGUUUUGAUGAGUACAGAUUUAAUUGAUUUUAAUCAAGGUAUAGAUGCCAGGUUAGUCACACUGUAUGUUGUGUCAAUCGGGUGGAAUUUCUCUUUGGCCAAUGUCCCAAUUUUAUGGGUCUGUUAGCUUUGUAUAGUCUUGAACAAUAAGCACUUUUGUAGGUCAUAAUAUGCAAAAAGUUGGCUUUUAAUCAUUA